GAGUCAACAUGGUAUCACAGCAGCAGUAGACUACAGCUGUCUUGAGUUAAACUCCACUUCAGCAGCAGCUCUCCGCACCACGUUCCUGGGCUAGCUACACCCGGAUGAGAUAGCUAAAGCUGAACGGUGAAGUGUGCAGGUUGCACCCCCUUCCCCUCUCCCCCAAGAUUUUCCCCUCUCACCUUCUUGCUCUGAUCACAUCAACAUGGCCAGCGGUGAUGAUGAUGACCCGAUUAUAGAGGAGAUCGACGUGUACCUCGCCAAAAGCCUCGCAGAUAAGCUGUAUCUUUUCCAGUACCCUGUGCGACCAGCCACCAUGACCUAUGAUGAUGUCACCCACUUGGCGGCUAAGAUCAAACCCAAGCAGCAAAGGGUGGAGCUGGAAAUAUCCAUGGACACAGUGAGUCCAAACUACUGUCGCAGUAAAGGAGAGCAAAUUGCCCUAAAUGUGGACGGCACGGGUUAUGACGAAACCAACACCUACUCUGCUAAAAUGAUGGACAAGCAGACCUUCUCCUCCAUCCAGGCCACCACCAACACCUCCAGAUACGCAGCUGCUGUGUUUCGCAAAGGUGAGCUUCACGUCACACCUCUGACUGGAAUUCUUCAGAUGAGGCCCAGCUUCUCUUACCUGGACAAGGCCGACAACAAAACCAGAGAGAGGGAGGCGGCCAAUGAAGGUGGAGACUCCUCCCAGGAUGAAGCUGAGGAGGAAGCCAAGGCUAUUACGGUGAGGUUUGCUCGUCCCGAGUCGGAGCAGGCCCGACAGAGGAGGAUCCAGUCAUACGAGUUCCUUCAGAAGAAGCAGGCGGAGGAGCCCUGGGUUCACCUGACCUAUCACGGAGUCAAGGACGGGCGUUCGGAGCAUGAAAGGCAGUACCUGUUCUGUCAGUCAGGGGAUGCCUCGGAGAACUCUGAACUGGUCAAAACUCCAAAGGAGUAUCUGGCGAUGCUGAUGCCGCCUCUUGCAGAGGAGAAAGUGGUGAAGCCUGUGGGUCCCAGUAAUGUGCUCUCUAUGGCCCAGCUCCGCACUCUGCCACUCGGAGAGCAAGUCAAGACUCUGAUGAAGAAUGUGAAGGUAAUGCCAUUUGCUAAUUUGAUGGGCCUGCUCGCGUCUGGCACAGACUCGACCUCAGUGCUGCGCUGCAUCCAACAGGUGGCGCUGCUGGUUCAGGGGAACUGGGUUGUCAAGAGUGAUGUUCUGUAUCCCAAAAACACCUUCAGUGCUCACAGUGGUGUUCCUGCUGAGGUGCUCUGUCGUGGCAGAGACUUUGUGAUGUGGAGGUUCACUCUGGAGCGCUCUGUGAUGAGAAAGGAGAUUGCAUCAAUCAUCAAACUUCCCCCAGAAGACGUGAAAGAGUUCCUGGAACAUGUGGCGGCUCCUCGGGCAAACCGGGGCUGGGAGUUCCUGUUGCCUACUGAUGUAGACUUUAUUAAGAAACACCCAGAUGUUGCCCACAGGCAGAACAUGCUGUGGCUUGGCAUCCAGAGCAAGCUGGAAAAGGUGUUUAAUUUCUCUAAAGAAGACUUUGUGCCAAAGAAACUUCAGUUUCCUGCUCAGACCAAAGCAGCCCCAGAUGAACAAAAGGUGUUUGGCUUGUGGGAGACUGGAGAGGACUUCGACAAGCACCGCCGGCUGCUCUAUGAUGUGUUCACCAAGAACUACCGGGUCAGGAGGAACAUAAUCCAGGCCAGACUGGCUCAGGAGCUUGGAGACGUGUCUAAAGCCGACAUCGACCGGCUGCUUAAUGAGUGCUGCAGCAGCCACGCAGGGAUGUGGUACCUAAAGGGAACAAUUCAGUCCUGACCCCGGGAGCUUCCCCCCAUGCAGUCACCCCCAGCCAAUCAUAUCCACUCUCAGGUGUCCCGCAGGAGGGCAGUGGAAAGAUGAGAGCCAAUCACAGCAGCUCGCCCCGCUCUGAGAGUGGGCGACUAGAGGACAAAGCUGUGCUCAGAACAAGAAGCUUUUCUCAUUUCAGCUGAAGCAUUUCUGAUCUUCGUGUGAGCGCCCCGACUCAGUGGGAGGACUGAAGCUCCCCACGCACUCUGACAGCUCGAAAGCCUGAGAGGGAGGAAAUAAAUGAAGAACUAGAAAGAUGAAUAUUUGCGGUUUAUUGGUAGUUUUUUGUUUGUUUUAUUGCAUUUGUGACCUGAAAUCGGAUUAUUCUUUAGCUAAACCUUUUCCACAUCAGUUUGCUGUUUACAAUUGAAAGCAGCUGUGGCUCCGAGUGCUUUCACUUCACCCCUCCUUGUAAAUCUCCUCAGAGAAAAAACACAUUUUACUUUAUUGCUUCACCAACAAGGCAAAUGUUGUGUAAGGCCUUUUAGGCACCAAAAUUCUCCCUUAGUUUUUACAAUUUCACCAAUCUGACUUUAAGGAGUAUCAGCUGAGUAUGAUAUUUUUAUUUAUUACAUAAAAGAGGAAGGGUGGGUUUAAAGGCUUCAAUGCUUAGAUAAAAUAUGGCCGAAUACUGUAAGAAAAAAACCAAACCAAGCUAAAGUGUUAAUGAACUGAAAUCUCUGAUGACUUUGGCAAUCGUGGACCUGAAAGCUGCUUCAUCAAAUAUGGUUUCCUACAUUUCUGUUAUUCAGUCACACGUACUGAUUUCUAAACUUUUUAAUGAAUGUCGAGGUUUUUGUUGGCUAAAUGUAGAGUUUCAGAUUUUCCUUUCUUUGAGAGGAGCUUUGAGUGACCGAUUUCUUGAUGAGAACCAAUAAAGAUGUGAUUUGGAAUAAAAUGUAGAUCUGUCUCUGUGCAAACACCAGUCCAGCACACAAACACUGGACCUUCCUAAGUGGCGAUGCGGCUGAUACGCCCAUGCUAUUGCCACGUGCUGCUAUCUUGAGCCUCCGUCUAAAGUGCCUCUGCCUCACAAGGCAUUCAGGACAAACUCCAACCCUUCAUAUGAGGUAACGCUUUGAUUUCCAACACAUUGCAUUUGUGGACAUAUGAGCUGAAAUUCAAGCCAAAUCUGAUUUCCUCCAUCAUCAAAUAUUCCAAGUCAUAUUUUUUUUUAUUGGUUUGUUAUUUUGCUCAAUAAAUACUUUAAAUGUU